AAUAGGUGUGCAUGAAGAUUUCGUGAUACGUGGAGGGUGAAGAUCAAUAACUGUUACACACUGCUCCCUCUUGCUGUUGCGCAUAAAUAGCAGUGAUCAAAUAACCUCCAAACUACUCGUUCUACAGAGACUGCUUUGCUUUGAUACAUUCCAUAACCAAAUCUUCUACUCGAUUCGAAUUUUGAAGCAACAAUGUCGUCAUCUUGCUGUGCUGGUAAAUGUGGCUGUGGUUCUGGCUGCAAGUGUGGAAGCAGCUGCGGCGGGUGCAAGAUGUACCCAGACACGAUCUCCGGCGAGAACACCACCACUGAGACGCUUAUUCUCGGUGUUACACCCAACAACACUGGGCGUGAAGCCGGAGGUGCAGAGGCGGCCGGCGAGAAUGGAGGAUGCAAGUGCAGUCCAUGCACAUGUGAGUCAUGCAACUGCAAAUGAAGAAGACGAUCAAUCACCAAUGGCAAUGGGUAUUCUAUUCUAAGUUCUACCAAUGGUAUCUUAGCAUGUUAGAAAAUGAAGCUAGUUAGAUAUAACAAAUAUUUGCAGUAGUCUUGUUUUUGUUUUUAGUGUAAUAAAAGCAUCCAUGGAGAUUUUGUUUUUGUUUCUUUCAUCUACCAACAAUUAAUGGAGCAAUUUUGUUAGCGACUGAA